AUGUCAAUCCAGAGACGUUCAACUGUCGGAAUGGAGACCAUGUGGUUUAAGCCAAAUGCAAAUGUUAUUGGUGCAUGGCGUUGUAACAACAAAAAUGACAGAGACUUUGUUAUUGACAAAUUAUGCAAAUCAUUUGCAGGAUUGCAUACCCAUUUCGAUAACGGCGACUUUGUCUUCCAGAAAAGAGAUGUUCCAGUAUUCAAGAUACCAGAUGAAAUUAAAUCUCUUGAAGAAAUGUAA